AUGCAACCUUCAACUGCAUCAAGUACCAUGAAAACCCAGUCAGUACAAACUACCCUGCCGACCAGCCAGAAAACCACACCUAACUCCAAUACAGGACCAAUCAAAACCACCCAUCACAUUGGUUUGACUAAUCGUUUUGACUGUACCGGAAAAGUAACUGGAUUCUAUGCUGAUCCAAAUUCUUGUUCAAAUUACUUCAUCUGUGCCGGUUCCCAGAGUUUAGAAGUGUCUUGUGCAUCCGGUCUUUUGUUCAAUGACGUUACCAAAUUUUGUGAUUUGCCAAGCAAUGUUAACUGCAAAGGUCAGCAGCAAGUGACCAAAACCAUCUUGAAAACCCCAUCUCCCUCUUCCAGCACGGCACAAAGUACACAACACAUGACCACAACUACAACUAAGGCUCCAUCUCCUUCUACCAGCAUACCGCAAGGUACUCAACACAUGACUAAGACCACAAUGAAGGCCCCAUCGCCCUCUACCAAAACACCACCAAGUUCUCAACAUGUUACCACGACUACAACUGUUGCACCGUCACCUUCGUCCAGCAAUACACAAAGUACAAAACAGGUGACAAUGGCUCCAUCUUCCACUACCAGUACGACACAAAGUACACAACACGUGACCACGACUACCACUAUGACUCCACCUCCAUCAUCCAGCACGACACAAAGUACACAACACGUGACCACCACUACCACUAUGGCUCCACCUCCAUCAUCCAGCACGACACAAAGUACACAACACGUGACCACCACUACCACUAUGGCUCCACCUCCAUCAUCCAGCACGACACAAAGUACACAACACGUGACCACCACUACCACUAUGGCUCCACCUCCAUCAUCUAGCACGACACAAAGUACUCAACACGUGACUAAGGGCACAACUAAGGAUCCUCAUAACCACGUACCUGCGUUUUAUCCGAACCAAGCUGGCACCUUCUGCAGUACGCAUGGAUAUGGUAUACACAGAGACCCUGCAGACUGUGGUAUGUUUUAUCAGUGUGGGCCAAAUCUUGAAUAUCACGAGCAAUGUCCCCCUGGCACGGUCUUCAAUAAAGCCAUCCAGAAUUGUGACCAUCCAUCCAGGGUUCCAGAAUGCAGAAACUACCAACCUUAGACAGAAAACAUAAAAAACUUUAGCUCUACCUCAAUUUUUGAAAUUUCUCUGUUUUCUUCGAAGAUAUUACUGGAAUGUUAUUUUAAAUUUUCAUUUUUUGAAGAAUAAAUAGUGUGCUUUUGA